AUGGCGAUGAGGCUUCCGGGCGGAAUUCGGACGGCCGAGGACUUCUGGCAGUUUUUGAUAAACAAAAGAGAUGGACACUGCGAGGUUCCUAAAACAAGAUAUGGGAUCAAUGCUUUUUACAACGCACAGAGCGAGCGUUACACGCAUACAAGAUAUGGAUACUUUCUGCCUGAAGAUCCAGCCUGCUUUGACGCGCCGUUUUUCUCAGUGACUGAACAGGAGGCAUCUGCUAUGGAUCCACAGCAAAGACUGCUUUUGGAGGUGGUAUGGGAGUGUCUAGAAAAUGCGGGGGAAACAAACUGGGAAGGCAAAGAUAUAGGAUGUUUUGUUGGUGUAUUCGGGGAAGACUGGUUAGGUCUCUCUCACGGAGAUCCACUCAGUAUUGACAGAUCGCAUGCGCUCGGUACAUCAAGUUUUGCCUUGGCCAAUACAGUUUCCUAUAAGUUUGAUUUACGCGGCCCAAGUAUGACUAUCCAGACAGGGUGCUCAUCAUCAAUGGUUGGGAUCCAUGAAGCAUGCCAGUCGUUGGCUAGCGGAGCAUGUUCAUCAGCUAUUGUUGCAGGUACAAACCUGAUCCUCAGCCCAGCAAUGACAGCAAGUAUGUCCGGUUACAUGGUGCUGUCAACUAGUGGGGUAUGUCGGACCUUUGAUGCUGAAUCUGACGGAUAUGGACGUGGCGAGGCAAUAAAUGCUCUUUAUCUGAAGCCGCUUGGGGAUGCAAUCAAGGAAAAUGAUCCAAUCAGAGCAAUCAUCCGCUCGACUGCGGCAAACUCUGAUGGAGGAACAUCAAACAUGUCAGCUCCCUCAAUACUAGCCCAGGAACACCUGAUAUUGGAUGCUUAUCGGCGGGCAAAUAUCAAAGAUCUAUCAGAAACUGCCUUUGUCGAAUGCCAUGGAACGGGUACACGCGCGGGGGAUAAAGUCGAGACAACAGCAGUGGCAAACGUGUUUGGGGGAAACGAGAUAGUGAUUGGAGCAGUAAAACCUAAUUUUGGACAUUCAGAAGGUGCAUCGGGAAUCACAAGCGUGAUCAAAGCUGUUCUAUCCCUGGAACAUGGGACAAUUCCGCCGAAUGUACAUUUUGAAAAGCCCAACCCAGAAAUAUCUUUCAAAGAGAAUGGCUUGGUGGUCCCAGUAGAGCCUAUGGACUGGCCAGCCGGUCGUCGACGAAGGGUCAGCGUGAAUGCCUUUGGCAUCGGUGGCACAAAUGCCCACGUUAUCUUGGACUCUGCGCACGAAGCAUGCCUAAAUAGCCGGGUACAGGGUUCUCCUGACCCCGGAAAUGGAAUCAAACUUCUUGUUGUUUCGGCCCAACAUGAGCAAGUUCUACAGACUCGCAUCAAUCAGGUAACAGAUUAUGUGAAUCGCCAUCCUGAAAAGAAUCAAGACCUUUCAUUCACCUUGGGUGUACGGCGAAAACAUUUGUCGCACCGCGCGUUUGCUGUGUAUGAUCCAUCAUCUCCCCUCUCACCAUCAGACUUUCAGUCAGCGCAUUCCUCCGUAUCGGCUCAGUUAACGUUUGUGUUCACUGGCCAGGGAGCUCAGUGGCCUGGUAUGGGACAAGGAUUAAUCAAGGCAUAUCAAGGUUUUAGAAUGGAUAUGCUAGAGCUAGGAAAUAUCCUAAUGACCAUUGAAGAUCCACCUCAAUGGUCCCUGAUGGAGGAACUUAGCUGCGUCGCUGCGUCGCGCGUUAACGAGGCUGAAUUCUGCCAACCACUAUGUACCGCGGUGCAGAUUGGGUUGGUUAACCUGCUUGCGGCGUGGGGCAUAAAGCCAACCUAUGUAGUUGGGCACUCUAGUGGAGAAAUAGCAGCGGCUUAUGCCGCCGGAGCAAUAUCGGCUAGGUCUGCGAUAAUUCUUGCAUACUAUCGCGGAAAGCUAGCACAGGCUCAAAAAGGCACUGGUGAAAUGGCAAGCAUCGGGCUUGGCAGUGAAGAGGUGUCUCCGUACCUUGUUGAUGGAGUUGUGAUUGCAUGCAAAAAUAGCCCGCAGAGCGUCACGAUAUCUGGGGAAGAAAGUAAAAUAGAUCAUAUGGUGAGGCACAUCCGGAACGACCACCCGGAUACGUUUUGUAGGAAACUCCAGUUAGGCAUGGCAUAUCAUUCACAUUACAUGGCGGCUGUGGGACCCAUAUAUAAGAAAACCAUAUCGAAUCACCUCCAAUUCCAUCAGAAGAUGCUACCCAUGUUUUCCAGUGCUGGAGCGCAGAUGAUCACAGACCCUCAAACCUUGGAUGCCGCCUACUGGCGGCGAAACCUCGAAUCUGCUGUACUCUUCUCAGAUGCCAUAAGUUCCCUUUUCGCUAAAAGGCAGGGAAAGCAUAUUUUGAUUGAAAUAGGACCACAUUGCGCACUGUCAGCACCCAUAAAGCAGAUUAUCCGAGCCCAUGACUUGAAAAUAAGCCCUGCAUAUAUACCAACUUUGAUUCGGAACGACACCAACUGCAAGCGUCAACUGUUGACUUCAGUUGGUUCUAUCCAUAUGAACAAGGUCGUAGUGGACCUACAUGCGGUGAAUGGAACGGGGCAUAUUCUGACUGACGUCUUACCAUACCCAUGGCGGCAUGGUACGAGAUACUGGAAAGAAAGCCGUAUGGUACGGGAAUGGAGGCUCAAUGAGGUGCCGCCUCAUGAACUGCUUGGUUCGAGGAGUACCGAGUCUACAAGCCUAGAGCCUGCAUGGAGACAUUUUAUAAGCCUAGAGGAUGUUUCCUGGUUAUCGGAUCAUGAUAUUCAAGGUAAAGUGGUUUUCCCGGCUGCAGCGUAUAUCGCUAUGGCGGGUGAAGCUAUUUUACAGCUGUCACACGGCAUCACUGGUUACACUGUCAGAAACGCCAUAUUUAAGGUUCCAUUGGUGAUAGAAGAAUUUGAGCCAAUCGAGGUUAUUACAACCUUACGGCCAGUUAAACUAAACGAUAUGGCGGAUUCAGAAUGGUUUUCAUUUACCAUCGCAUCGUAUGACGGCAGCAAUUGGAUAAAAAACUGCAGCGGCCAGGUCCGAGCCGGAGCUUUGGCGAACAUUUCUCCCGUGGAUAUAAAGCAAUAUGCACGCCGUGUAUCUUCCAGCAAGUGGUACGAUACCCUAGCUAGCGUAGGCCUCUCUUAUGGAACUCAAUUUAGAGGUCUACAAGAUAUCUCAGUUGACCCUAAGGGCAGCAAAGCUGUGGCCAAGGUCAAUAACAAAGUAGGUUCCCUUGGAUGUCCAUACAGUCUUCACCCGACCAUGAUCGACCAAUGCCUUCAGCUAAUGAGCGUCGCUGGAGCUGCUGGCCUCCCACGGCAUAUUACCGCAGGAGGAAUACCGGCGUCCAUCGACCAGAUAUUCAUUGGGCAAGGAGGAAACCACAUGAAGGCCACGGUCGAGACGGUCCAAUAUUCUGGUAGCAGCUUGGUGGGUAAUGCAACGGCAAUGCUUGGGGAUAAAGUGGUGCUGGAGAUGAGACGCGGCAUUUGCUUCGCGCUGGGAAACCAGAACUACUCAAUAUCUCCGCGGAUUCCGUUGCUAGCACAGAUUCAAUGGAAGCCGGACCCUGACUUUUACAAACCCGAAGCUCUAUUACCAGCGUCAGUUACCUCGCCAGAGCAACUGGAUCUAACAAGAAGAAUAAGUCAACUCUCACUUUUAUAUAUUCUUGAGACAGCCGAAAGGACCAAACACUUCAAGCCACAAUCUCCCCAUGCGUCCAAGUGGAAAUCCUGGCUACUAUAUGAAGAUGCUGCUAUUCGAAGUGGAGAACGAACACUUUUUCCCGAGUCUAAAGAAUGGGCCACACAACCAAGUAAGCAGCGUCUGGCCCUCAUAAAGAAGCUGAGUACUGCCGAAGCAGAUAAUAUUAUUAUUACUUGUAUGGAAGUAAUAUAUGACAAUUGCUUGGAGAUCAUGGCCAACAGAAUUUCCGCCCUAGACCUACUAAUAGAAAACAACCGACUUAGUCGCAUCUACCAGUUUGACCAGGGAAACAGCGACUGGAGCAUUUUUAUAUCUUUUCUCAGUCACUCAAAUCCAAGGUUGCGAAUCCUUGAAAUUGGCGCUGGAACCGGGGGCGCCACAACUGAAGCUUUACGCUCGCUGUACAUAUCAGGGGUGCCUAUGUACUCUGAAUAUACGUUUACCGAUAUCUCUCCGAGGUUUAUGACAGCAGCCCAGGAUAAGUUCCGGGAAAACGCGAACAUGGAGUAUAGGAUUCUCGAUAUUAGCAGCGAUCCUCUCAAGCAGGGCUUUACGGCUCAAUCCUUUGAUCUCAUCAUAGCAUCAAAUGCACUCCACACGACCCCAAUUCUAAAACAUACUCUAAAAAAUGUGAAGAGCUUGCUGGCUCCACAUGGUUGGUUGCUACUCCAUGACUGGUGGGUAGGUGAGGAUGAUGGGAGGAUAAAUGGGCCUUACAUCAGCCCCGAGAGGUGGGACAAGGAGUUACAAUCCGCUGGCUUCACAGGAACUAAGGCAAUACGCCGCGAUAUUGACCCUUACCACAUAUGCGUAGAUAUGAUCACUCGUCCUCUUCCAGUUGCGACCACCACACAGCCGAUAAUACUGGUGACUGAUGGCUCGCCGGAUCUUUGGGCUGGCAUGGUGUACUCAGCGCUCGCGAGCCAGAAUUUCACUGUGGAAUGGGGGAGCUUGGAGGAGGCACCAAGUGUUCAUGCGUGUGUUGUGUUCUUGUUAGACCAGCAAGAUCCCUUUCUCAUGAGACUGUCCGAAAAGAGAUACCAUGCUUUGCAAAAGUAUUUGAUGGACAUCGAUCAGUCCAAGUUGCUUUGGGUGACAAAGAUGACCCAAUUCAACUGUGAAGACCCGGGCUUUGGCCUAGUACUAGGGUUCGCCCGGACCUUGAGGCAAGAACUGAUGCUCGAUUUUUACACUCUGGAAAUCGACUUAUUUGAUACUGAGUCUGCGAAGGCAGUGGGUCCGAUUGUGCGAAAGAUCUUGGAAUCUGCCGAUGAAGAUAAUCAAAGCCCAAGCCAUGAGUUUGCCUACCACAACCACACUGUGUUCAUUAGUCAGUGCUACUGGGGCAUAGUAACAGACAAUUUGCGCCCAAUCCAAUCAGACACUUCCAAGAAGCUCACUAUGGAAAUCCCUGGUCUCCUCGAUACACUGGAAUGGGUCGAUACUAGUUACGGUAGUCUAGAGCGAGAUGAUGUCGAAGUUGAUAUUCAUUAUAUUGGCUUGAACUUUAAGGAUAUCAUGGUAGCUAUGGGGUUUGUUGGAAGUAUAAGUGAGAUGGGCCAAGAGGGGAGUGGCGUUGUACGACGUGUUGGUUCGAAUGUUGGCAAUAUAAUGCCCGGAGACGAGAUACUGGUACAUGAUCUUGGACCCAUUUGUACCCGAACUAUCGUGAAUCGACAACGCUGCCUGAAAUUGCCGAAAGGGCUCUCUACACAGGAUGCAGUCAAUAUGGGAUCAGUGUUUGCGACAGCGAUAUACUCUUUAAUUAACGUAGGACAACUUGAAAGAGGCCAAACUGUUUUGAUCCAUUCCGCCUGCGGUGGAGUUGGCCAGGCAGCUAUCCAAAUUUGUCAGCUUGUCGGUGUCGAAAAGAUAUUCGCAACAGUGGGUAGCCAGGCAAAAAAAGACCACCUCGUUAAAAUCUACGGGAUACCGCCCGAUCAAAUUUUUGAUUCUAGAAGUGCGAGCUUUUCCCCGUGUGUCAUGAAGGCGACAGAGGGACGCGGGGUGGACGUUGUACUAAACUCAUUAUAUGGAGAGCUGUUACAUGCCUCAUGGGAAUGUGUUGCCAGCUUUGGUAGGAUGGUCGAACUAGGCAAACGCGACCUUUUGGCCAAUGGGACAUUGAGCCUGAAACCAUUCGUGAAGAACCGAGCAUUUUUCGGCGUUGAUCUGCUUGAGUUGAGCGAAGAUCUCCUCUCCCAGUUUAUUCUGUGGUAUGAAGAAGGCAAAAUUAAACCAAUUCGCCCAACUACAGUUUUUCCAGCCUGCGAAGUAAUUGAGGCAUUCCGAUUUAUGCAGCGGGGUACACACAUGGGAAAGAUUUUAAUAAGGAUACCUGAUGACUCAAGCCAGCUAUCCCAGCGACCUAGCGAGAUGGAAGUAUUGUUUUCAUCCAGUGCAUCGUAUCUCCUAGUAGGCGGCCUUGGAGGCUUGGGUCGUGCAGUUUCCAGAUGGAUGGUAGAGCAAGGAGCACGUUAUUUAGUUUAUCUUUCUCGCACCGCAGACUCCAGUGAAGAGAACAGAGAAUUCAUCAAAGAAUUGAACGCCAUGGGAUGCCAUGUUCAAUGCAUUCAAGGGAGUGUGACAAGAAUCGAAGAUGUGCAGGCUGCGAUUUCCAGAUGCAAGAGUCCGUUGAAAGGUGUUUUCCAAAUGUCGAUAUCUUUGAAUGAUCGCCCAUUCCCCCUCAUGAGCUACGAAGACUGGAAUUCUUCGUUGUCUCCCAAGAUUUUCUUUGUUCUAUUCAGUUCUGUAGUGGGCGUUUGCGGCAAUGCGAGCCAGGCCAAUUAUGCAGCUGCAAACACAUUCCUUGAUGGUUUUACACAGUAUCGCCGACAAUUAGGCCUUCCAUCCUCCGUCAUUGCCCUCGGCGCUGUAGGCGAGACUGGUCGGCUUGCUCAAGAUGCGAAAGUCCUGCAGACGUUUAAAUCCUUUGGAAUCUGGCUUUUGAGCGAGGACGAAGUUCUUAAAGGAUUAAAGCAGUGCAUUGGGGAGUCCAACAUAGCCAAUUCCACAAAGUCUGACACACGACUUUCGGCACCGUUGAUUGUUGGACUCGGCACCACAAAGCCGCUACCCAAUCCUGGUGCACAGACACUGUGGCGUCGUGAUGCUCGGUUCGCAUCCUACGCAAACCUCGAUUCCACAUUUGUCAAACAAGAGAGCGGUCCCAGUGUUAAUAAAAUACGAGAACUGAUCAACAAAGCGGUGGUAGAUCCUUCGAUCCUUCUACAAGAAGAAACCGAGACUACUAUUGCCCAGGAACUUAUGCAAUUGAUCACGAAGGGCCUGCCAGGAGCGGAUGAUAUAGACGAUCAAGCGGAGGUAAAUGUCGCCAUAGAUUCUCUCAUGGCAAUAGAGUUGAGGAACUGGAUUCGACGGAACUUGCAGGUUGAGGUUGGCUUGCCUGAAAUCUCGAAGGCGCGCACAGCCAGAGGCCUAAUAAACUUGAUCGCUGCACGUCUGAAAGUCCGAUUUGGAGUUUCAGAUACAGCGGAGACACAAAACUCAGUCGCCAAAAGUUCUUUCCGCUCACAUUGAUUACGUUGAGUCUGCAUGGUGAGAUCUGCGAUAGGGUUUGGUUUGGUUUGGUUGAUUAAAGGAUAUGUCAGCCUAGGUGCCUCGACAGG